AUGAUGACAUCUUGGAUCUUUAUACUUGCUGUGGUGGUGAAUUGUAUUAACCUAUUUGCUCAGGUCCAUUUUACAAUUCUUUUCGCGGAUUUGGAAGCUGAUUAUAUCAAUCCAAUUGAAUUAUGCUCAAAAGUUAACAGUUUGAUUACACCUGAAGCGAUACUUCAUGGAGUUUUGUCAAUUCUUUUCCUAUUAAAUGGUUACUGGUUUGUGUUUUUGUUGAAUCUACCAAUUUUGGCAUACAAUGCAAACAAGAUUUAUAAAAAGAUUCAACUAUUAGAUGCAACUGAGAUCUUCAGAACUUUGGGUAAACACAAGAGGGAGAGCUUUUUGAAAUUAGCAUUUUACCUAUUAAUGUUCUUCUUUUACUUGUACAGGAUGAUCAUGGCUCUCAUCGCCGAUAGUGACGAUGAAGAUGAAUAUUAA